AUGCCGCACAAAACGUCAUCUCGUGCCUCGUACAAAGGUCAAUUGACAACCCUCAAGAGGAACAUUGAGAGGUAUGAGAAUGAUCCGCAGCUGUUAACUGAGCCUAACGCUAAAUCGGAGCUGAAAACUCAAAGAGAGUUGGUGGACAGAAUCGAGAAAAAGUUCCAAGAAGUGCAGAAUUCAAUUAUUCAAGAGUGCGCCACUGCUGAACAAAUUGAAGCUGAGAAUUUAGAACUCUUGGCAUUUUUGGAAGAAUGCAUGCAAACUUAUGAAAGGAUCUCGGUUCUCAUAACCACAAUUGAGGAUUCUAAAGAACAUUUGACGCCACAAUUGGAUGGAGAUUCCUCUUCCCUCAAUAGACUUCUUAGCCUCAUGGCAAUCGACAGCAAUCCAUCGUUGACUAAAGCGCAGAAGAUGAACUACCUCAAAAAUGCUGUCAAGGGAGAGGCUGAGCAACUCAUCAGCAAAUUCAGCAUCUCAGAUGACAAUUACGCAAGAGCUUGGAAUCGUCUCAAAGAGAGGUACGAUGACAAACUUUCCAUAAUGUGCGCGCUGAUGGAUCAGUUUUUGGACCAGCCGUCAAUUACUCAGCCCAAUGUUGCAAGUAUCAGGCGUAUCCAAUCUAACACUUCAUCAGCAAUUGACGCAUUCGAAGGGAUGAACAUUACUCAACGAGAUCCAUGGCUCAUCCAUUGGAUACUGAGGAAAUUUGACAGAGAAACUAAGUGGCUUUGGGCGCAAGAGAAUCACGAUAUAUCCAACACCACCUGGGAAGAUUUCGACCGGUUCCUGAACAAAAGAUGUCGCGCAUUAGAGCACACAGGACCCUCUGAGGACACUCCUGAACCAGGGCCGAAGACUCAAGUCAAACUUGAAUAUGAGAUUAACAAUAUUCUCAUGAGCCAGUCUCUUGACUGUCUAGUCAUGCCACGUGUGACUACAGACCACCCCAAUUGGGAGGUCAAUGAUGCCAAGAUCAAGAUCCCAUCUCAUCUUAAGUUAGCAGAUCCCCAUUGGAACCACUGCCAACGUAUAGAUCUUUUGAUAGGUGGGGCAAAUUCUUGGGAUUAUUUCGGUGUCGACAAGUAUGAAUUGGGAGAGGGCCAACCGCGUCUGCUCAAUAGCGUUUUCGGAUGGUUAGUAGUAGGUCCUUGUUUUAAGGUCUCACCACCUCAACCCGUCUCUUGCAACGUCACCACCUUAGCUUCACUCGAUAAAACCAUGAAACAGUUCUGGGAAAUCGAAGAUAUCCCCAAAGAGGACGUCAAAUCAUUUGAGAAAGCUGAGGCGGAGAAAUCCUUUGACACAACUGUCACUCGAACUAAAGAAGGGAGAUAUCAAGCUCAACUUCCUCUCAAUGAGAACAUUCAGGUCUUACAUUCCAAUCGCAAUCAAGCAUUGCGUCAAUUUUCGCACCUUGAACGCCGACUUGAUAAGAACUUGACUCUCAAGGAAUUAUACUUAACUGUAUUUCGUGAGUAUUUACAGUUGGGAAUUAUUGAACGGGUCCCUGCAAACCAAUUGUUUGCUCCUUCAAUACCAAAAUAUUACAUGCCACAUCACUGCGUGAUUAGGGAAAAUGCGUUGUCCACCAAAGUUAGACCAGUAUUUAAUGCAAGUUCCGUCACAGCGUCAGGUGUGAGUCUCAAUGACUGCUUGCAUGUGGGACCUAUCGUUCAGCCCCUUCUGAUUUCAAUCCUUUGGAGAUUUAGGAUGCAUAAAUAUGCAUUAACUUGCGACAUUGUUAAAAUGUAUUUGCAAGUUGAGCUUCACCCUUCCCAUAGAGACCUGCAAAGAUUCGUGAUCAGACUCGACAAUGAAAUCGAAGAUUUUCGAUUUACACGGGUUUGUUUUGGGGUUGCCAGCUCUCCAUUUUUGGCAACUAGGGUUCUCAUGCAGUUGGCAGAAGACGAAGGUAAUCGAUACCCAGCUGCAGCUAAAGUCAUUCACGAGAAUACCUAUGUUGAUGACUGUUUGUUGUCAGCACCCACCGUUGAUGAGGUUUUGAAAAUUAAAGAAGAAUUGAAGUCCCUAUUUCUCUUGGCAGGCAUGGAAUUGUCCAAAUUUCAAUCCAACAGCUCUGCUGUGAUGGAAUCGGAGGUUUCCUCUUCUACUAAUGAGGAAGUCAAUUUGAGUUUCGAAACCAAAACCCUUGGAAUUGUUUGGCUACCAAGUCAAGACUGUUUUCAGUUUCGUGUUUCCAAUUUGGCUGAUCAAGCUCUCCCAACUAAACACCACAUUCUAUCCACUAUUGCGCGUAUUUAUGACCCAUGUGGCUUUGUUGGUCCCAUUCUGACCAGAGCAAAAUUAAUAAUGCAAGCAACAUGGAUUGAAGAGCUUGACUGGAGGGACGAAGUAUCCCAGAGUGUGAGGGAAAGGUGGGGGGAAUUCAUUUCUGAUCUGCCAAACAUUGAAGAACUGAAAAUCCCACGGUGGUAUUCCAAAUUUGACCGGGUGGUUGGCAGAGAACUCCAUGCGUUCUCGGAUGCCAGUGGGGUCGCGUAUGGUGCGGUGGUUUUUCUCGUAACAAUCAGCGAGUCAGGAGAAAGAUUUUCUAGACUUGUUUCGUCAAAGUCUCGAAUCUCUCCACUUGACAAAAAGAAAAAUUCCAUGCCUAAACUCACUAUCCCAAAGGCUGAGCUUUGUGCUGCAGUUUUGGCUGUGGAUCUCAUGAUCUCAAUUUCACAGUCACUGGCAAUUGAUAAUUGCAAUUUCUGGACUGAUUCAGCUGUAGUUUUGUGUCAGAUCCAUCAACCCAAACCUAAACAAGACGUAUUCGUCCGCAACCGGACCAAAAUCAUUUUGUCACAUUCAAAAACCCACCAAUGGAAUUAUGUGUCAACGCAUGAGAACCCGGCAGACCUCAUCUCGCGAGGCACAAGCGCCAAAGAUUUAUUAUCGAGCGACUUAUGGUGGUCUGGACCCAAGUGGUUGUGCCUUAAGAGGGAAAACUGGCCCCCAGUGUUCUCUAUUUCGUCAUUUCACAUGCGUUCUCCUCAAGCGUUAUGCUUUGUGGAAAGUUCCAUUCCCAAAGGGGGAGAAACAGAAUCACAAAAAUUUCGUUCAAUUUACGAACAUUUAGUUUGUGGUAUUGGAACAUUCACGCGUAUUGUCCGGACGCUUGCGUGGUGCAUCAGAGCUUCUGACUUCUUCAAGUCUCAUCGACGUGUGACACGAUCUCUUAAGAUAGCGCAACAAUCACCACUAACAGUUAGUGAAAUUUGCAAGGCUGAGACUUUGCUCAUCAAAUGGGCACAGCACGAGGAAAUGCCUGAAGUGGUAAAUGCAGUGGCUAAAAACACCCUCGACUCUAACAACAAAUUGAAAUACAUCAGAAAACUCCGUCCAUUUCUGGAUUCUGAUGGGGUAUUGAGGGUGGGGGGAAGACUUCAUUAUUCUAAUGAACCCUACGAUGUAAGGCAUCCCAAAAUUUUGCCAAAUGCAAAAAUUUCCCAUCUCAUUGCCGUUAGAGAGCAUGUCACUCUGAUGCACGCAGGUCCGCAACUUGUCCUUUCCCAUUUACGCCAAAAAUACUGGCCAAUUCGUGGUCGAAACCUGGUCCGAAGGGUUUUCCGUGAAUGCGUUGUUUGCAAAAAGGUCAAACCUCCGUCUUGCGAACAGCUCAUGGGGGAGCUUCCCGCAUGUAGAGUAUCUCAUAUCCGACCCUUUGUGGCCACUGGGGUGGACUUCACGGGCCACAUAAUGAUUAGACGUUUGCCCAGAGGCAAGUCCUUGGAAAAAGCGUACGUAGUAGUAUUCGUAUGCAUGAGUGUAAAGGCCGUACACUUAGAAUUGGUGACAUCAUUGUCAACAGAGUCAUUUAUUGCGGCACUGAGAAGGUUCGUAGCCCGUCGCGGAAUUCCCAAUCAAAUGUUCAGCGAUAAUGGGACAAAUUUUGUUGGCUCAGAUAACGAGCUAAAGACCCUACUCAGUCACCAUGCAUCCCAAGAACGAAUUACAAACUUUACUUCAUCACUGUCCAUUCAGUGGCAUUUCAAUGCCCCUGCUGCUCCUUCGCAUGGAGGAUUAUGGGAAUCCGCCGUUCGUUCUUUCAAACACCACUUUCGUCGCACGGUCGGGCAAGCUCUGCUUACUUAUGAAGAGAUGGUAACGGUCUUGGCUCAAAUUGAGGCCAUUUUGAACAGUCGGCCUCUCGUAAGUAUUUCCGAAGACAGUGAAGAUCCUGUCAUUUUGACACCAGGCAAUUUCUUAAUUGGAAUUCCUCCUUUACAACUGCCUGAUCCUUCUGUAGGCCACUUGGCCAUGAAUAAAUUGAGUAGAUGGCAAUUAUGCCAACGCAUCCAGUAA